CGUCUUGCCGCAGACAUUAGCACCGUGCGGACUACCCUGUACAGCUCCAGCUCUGCCUGUCUGGCUGCUGUUUUUGCUGACUUGAGCAGCGAGGCUCGGUUUUGGUCAUUUGUUGCGAGUUGGCUGCUGCUAGCGUUAGCUCACACCACUGUGGACUUCCAGCUAGCACACACCAGCUACUCUUAGCUAGCUAACUGACCACCUCUGUUUCUGUCAGCACAACUCCUGCUGACAACUAUCUCCCCGUCGACUGGCAGACAAUCGGUCAUUUAUGUAGAUGGCGAAAUGCCAGCCCCAAAGAGAGGAUCAUCUCCUCAUGAUCCUCAGCCCAAGAUGAGGAAGUUGGAUGACGAUGGCGAUGCUCUGCAAUCCAAAUCUGCACCAGCCACUAAUAAUAAGUCCCUUAAAACAGGAAAUAUGCGGGAAAAGACAGCAGCCCCACGGACUAAGAAAAAACUGUCUGCUUUAGUGGAAGGGGAAAAUAAACCAGCCAAGUCAUCCAAACAGAGUUCUCCUCCGAAGGAUCCCAGCAAAACCAGUUCGGACCCACCUGUCAAAAAAGCCAAGCUUCUGAAAGUCACAAGUGCCUCCUGCGGAGAAGCUCCCUCACAGAAAGCUAACCCCAGAGCUUCCCUGAAGCGAACAGCCUCCACAGAGUCCGAGGAUGAGUUGAGUAGUGAUGGUAGUAAGACUGACCUCUUUAGAGAGAGGGAUGAUGGCGACAAGGCCCGCUGCAUCCGAAAAUACUCAAAUCGAGUCAAAGCUAAGCGCAAGGCUGAAGAGCCCUCAUCUGACCCACAGGAGGCGAGCCAUGGGUCAACAUCUUUACCCCCAGACCCUGUUCAGAUGGACCACAAUUAUGGUAGAUUUUCAGAUUCAUCAAGUGUUCAGAGCCUGGGUGAGGCUACUCUGGAUGAGAACGAAGAAUCUGCGCAGUCAUCCACCGGGCAAGAGAGACAAGAAACUUCACUUAAUGCAACACAAACAGAGUCUAAGGAUACUUUAGUCUCUAAAGAUGAAAGUAAACACGAGGACUUGAAAACAUUCGAAAGUCAAAAGCUCUUAGAUAAUGAAGCACUAGCAUCACGUCAAGAAAUAUUAGGCUCCGUCACUGCAACAGCUGCACAUACGCCUUGCAUCACAUCUGCGGCAGGUGGAAAAGAAAAGCAGGACGUUACAGAGUCCAUCAAAAGCCAAAAGGAUGUAGAUAAUGAAACAAUAUCAUUGUCAGUGGAAACACUAUAUUCUAGUUCUGGAGAGGCAAAUCCAGUCUGUAAAAUUGAAGCACAGGCCGACUCAGCUCAUAGUCAGGCAGAUGUGAGCAAUGAAAUUGAAAGAAAGGAGACCACAGAGUGUGUUUCAGGGGAGAUAACGCUGGAUAUAAAAUGUAAAAGUAUGGAAGAAGAGCAUAAAGAGGAGGGAGUGAUUGAAACAGCCAGUAUCUCUGCAGGACAUAGUGUUGAAGGUACAGAAGAUAAAGCAUUGUCAGAUGAAACAAACGCACCACCAGAAGAGAUCCGGGUAGGAAUUAGUAAUCCAGAGAAUCAGACCGAGGACAUUCUAACAACAUCAGAGUCUGUUGGCAAUCCAGAGACUCAAACAGAUCUCAGUUUCAAAAUUCAAGUUACUUUCAAAGAGGAAUCAAAAGCUGAACACCUGCGAGAUCGAGUGAGCCACGAAGUGCCAGAUACAAUUACCAGCUCAUGUGACGGUGUGAAUAAAAUAGUCAGAAUGUCUGAAGAAAAGUUUGAAGAGAGGAGAGGAGUUGAGUUCUUGUCGACACAGAGUGUUGCUCGUCCUGGGUCUUUUGCUGAGCUACAUCUGAGCCAGGAGGUGAUGGACAAGACCACUGAGCCGCUUCAUGAGCAAAAUCAAAGAGAAGUGCUCGCCGAUUUUGUCACAGUCUCAGAGGGUCAGAUUGGGUCGCAGAGUGAAAUAACACCAGAGGAGAGGUCUGACUCAGCACCUAAAGAGGAUGUAAAAAACCCGGGGAACCAUACAGUUAGUGACCAAACUACAGAAACACCUGUUGAAGUCGAAGAAAAUUCUACAAGUGUAAAAAAGGAAAAUGAGAUGGAUUUUGAAUGUGCCUCUGCACCAAAUAAUCCAAUCAAAAUGGAUAUACAGGCUUCAGCAACUUUAGAGCAGGAUAUUUGUGAUCCAGCUGGAACAGUGGACUUACAAAACCAAGAGAGCCAGGAAGUCCAUGAAUGUGCUACAGACAUAUCUACAGAACUGAAUGAGGACCAGGAGGUGAGCUUUGAAAGUUCUGGUGGACCUGAGAGGCAGACUACAAUGACAUUAGAGAUUUCUAAUCCUGCACCUACCGUGGAAGUGCAAAGCCAAGAGAGCCCAGACGUCAGUGAACACACCACAGACAAAUUUGAUGAAGUACAGAAACAUUCAGUUGCAAAUUGUCAAAGCACCACAGAUGAAGGCGGGGUUGAUGCUGAAUGUGUUGCUGCUGCUGAGACUCAAAGGCUGACUAUGACGAAGUCAGAGGAGAUUUCUGUUAUAGCACCUCCAGUGGAGACGCAGGUCCAGGAGAGCCAAGGAGUCACUGAAUCUGCAACAGACAUAUCUGAUGAAGUACAGAAACAUCCAGUUACAAAUUGUCAGAGCACCACAGAUGAAUGCAGCGUUGAUGCUGAACGUGUUGCUGCUGCUGAGACUCAAAGGCUGACUAUGAUGAAGUCAGAGGAGAUUUCUGUUAUAGCACCUCCAGUGGAGACACAGGUCCAGGUGAGCCAAGGAGUCACUGAAUCUGCAACAGACAUAUCUGAUGAAGUACAGAAAUAUCCAGUUGCAAAUUGUCAGAGCACCACAGAUGAAGGCAGCGUUGAUGCUGAACGUGUUGCUGCUGCUGAGACUCAAAGGCUGACUAUGACGACAUCAGAGGAGAUUUCUGUUGUAGCACCUCCAGUGGAAACGCAGGUCCAGGAGAGCCAAGGAAUCACUGAUUCUGCAAAAGACAUAUCUGAUGAAGUACAGAUACAUCCAGUUGCAAAUUGUCAGAGCACCACAGAUGAAGGCAGCGUUGAUGCUGAACGUGUUGCUGCUGCUGAGACUCAAAGGCUGACUAUGACGACGUCGGAGGAGAUUUCUGUUAUAGCACCUCCAGUGGAAACACAGGUCCAGGAGAGCCAAGGAAUCACUGAUUCUGCAACAGACAUAUCUGAAGAAGUUCAACAAGGUCUAAUGAUCCCAACUCUUGAGAGUAAUGGAAAUGAAAACAAGUUAAUUGACAGAGAAUGUGUCAGUGCAACUGAGAAUCAAAGAGAAGUGGAUUUGCAGACAACAGCAACACCAGAGGAGACCUGUGAUCCAACAACUACAGUGGAAACACAAAACCAGAGAGAUCAGGAGGUCAAUGAACUCACUGCAGACAUUGAAGUACAUAAAGAUGUUAUCACUGCCAAUAGCAAGAGUGAAGAAAUUGAGGACAUGGUUAUCACAGAAUAUGUGGAUGCUAGUGAGAAUCAAAGAGAAAUGGAUUUGCAGACAACAGCAACACCAGAGGAGACCUGUGAUCCAACAACUACAGUGGAAACACAAAACCAGAGAGAUCAGGAGGUCAAUGAACUCACUGCAGACAUUGAAGUACAUAAAGAUGUUAUCACUGCCAAUAGCAAGAGUGAAGAAAACGAGGACAUGGUUAUCGCAGAAUAUGUGGAUGCUAGUGAGAAUCAAAGAGAAAUGGAUUUGCAGACAACAGCAACACUAGAGGAGAUUUCAGAUCCACCAACUGCAGUGGAAACACAAAGCCAGGGAAGCCAGGAGGUCGGUGAACUCAACACAGAAGUUCAAAACGAUCUAGUGACUGCAAGUUGUGUGAGUAAGGAGAACGAGGACAAGGUUACUGCCAAAUGUGCUGAUGUUCCAGAGGUUCGAAUAAAUAUGGAAACUGAAACUACGCCAGAGGAGAUUUCUAAUCCAGAACCUACAGCAGAGCAGCAAAACCAGGUGGUGGGGGAAGUUGAUGAACCCAUUAUGGCCUUAUCAAAUGAGAUUCACAAACCUCUUCCUAUGGCUAAUACUGAAAGUAAGGAUAAUGAAAACAUGCAGACAGAGCCUAGUGCGGAGGAUCACCUAGCAGAUAUGGAUGUUAUAAGUGAAUCAAUGGAAAGGGUAGAUUCUGUGAUAGCAGAGGAAACCUCGAGGCAAGUGAUUAAUGAGGUUAAAGAAGAGGCUGCAAUCAUUUCUUCUGAUAAGGCUGACAAAACAGUCAGUAAUAUUGAUGGACACGGAGAAGGAACUGGAAGCAGUGAAGUAAUAGUUUUUGUUUGUGGCCAACCAGAUGACCUAGAUAUUGUAAUUCAGGCAUCAGAAGAACAGAUCAACACGGUUAUUCAGUCAGAGGUCGAGAUUCAUGAAAACCAGGUUGUGUAUGAGCCCAUUAGUAGUCCAGAGAGCAAUGAUGACAGAGAAAUAUCUGCAGCAGCAGAGAACCACAAUGGUGUGUCUUUACUGGACAUAGCAAGCACAGAGACCCAGCAGAUGGCAGGAGACUCAAACACUAAUGAUGAAAAGAGUGAAAUUUUUAACCAACGACUGGAAAAUGAGGAAAGCAUCAAGCAACAAAUUUGUGCCUCAGAUAACCAGGAAGUUGAAACAAUCAGUGUGCCAGAAACUAGUGUCUCUGCACAGUUGGAGCGCAGUAACAUGAGUGUGGAUGUGAGACAAGUUGCCGUGAUCAGCUCUAGCGAUGACAUCGGCAUGCCAGAUGGCCAGUCAGAAGAUGCCACAGAGAAAAGUGAAAGUAACGGGUAUCCAGACUGCGUCAGUGCUGUGGAGUUUUCGGAACAGGUGCAGGAGGACGCAGGAGUUCAGGAGGUUGCAGACGUUGUGGUGACGACGACUACAGCCCACACUGAAGUUGAAAUACCAGAUAGUACAUCUCAGGAGUUUGUGAUCUUGGAACCAGUCCCCAACAGUGAAUUUCACUUUGAUAUCGUCACUCAAGCAGCCGCCGAAUCGGGGUUGUCGGUCUCGCUUUCGGAGCACGUGAAUCCCGACAGCGCUUUGGUAGGUGAGCUGGAACAUGACAGGAUUUUAAAUGGUUCCCAACAAACUGUUUUCCCUGAGGCAGAAGUGCAGCUAUGUCAAACAACUGGCGAGGACAAAGACGCUACAGUGACCAAUUCAAGUGAGGUAUUACAUCUGGAGGCCAGACUUGGGACAGGAAUUUCAACUGAGGAAGGCGUUGAAGAUACUCAAAAUGUUGUUCCUUGCCAGCAAGCAUCAGCUGACAUGAUGGACAUUAAUACCUCAGAGACUGAGGUUGCAGACUCUCAUGCUCAAGUCACAAAUGAAGACUGUGAUGCACUGGUGAUAGAGAAUGCUGAGGGUAACUUGGACCUACAAGAAGUGCAAAUUCUGGAGGAUAUAGAGAUCGGUCGUGAGAUUGUAGUAGCAGAGGAAGAGAACGAGGAAGAUGGUGACAUUACCAUAAUAGGAAAACCCCAGGAAACACCUGAGGCAGUGCCUCCUGAAAAGUCUGAGGAAAAGGUUAAUUAUGUAAAUAAAGAUGACACUUGUGGGACCAGCUUGAAGCAAAGCAGCGCAACUGAAACGACUGGAGAUGAUAAAAAGGAACAGGAGGCAGGAAAACCCAAGAAACAAGAAAUGAACACCCAGGCCAGAACCAAAGCCCGUCUGGCAGCUUUGGCUGAGCAAAAGGCGGCAGCAGCUAAGAGAACGGCGAACAGACAGCAGCUAAACCUCUUAGCCCUCUGUCAGGAAAUUGCAGAGGACAUCGCUACAGACAGCAUGCUGUUGAAGAGGAUAGAGGAAGAAAAACAAGCAGCAGCAGCUGUGGCGGCGGCAGCGGCAGCAGCGGCAGCCAAGGAUGAAGCCAGCAAGAUAGAAAAUCCACCUGUUGACACGCAGGAUGCAGACACUGUUAAUGUUGCGACUCCUGCUGGACCAGAAGGGUGCUCUGCUUUGGCGACCCCUGCUGAAGAGGCAUCUGCUGCCCAGCCCUCGACAACUGCUUCAGCUGAGGCAAAGCCUGCUGCAGAGCCCCAGAAGAGGCGUUUCUUCAUCACGCAGGUUUCAGUGCCACUGAAAGCCCACGAGAAAAAGAAGCUAACAAGAUAUCAAAGACUAAGACAGGUUGAACUGCAGAGAGAGAAAAUGUCUUGGGCACGUGUAAAGAAACUCAAGUCUGACCAGGCAAAUCAGAUGUUUUCUGACAUAGAUUGGCAAGUACCCCUGUCUGUAUCCUCUCCAUUUUCAGUGAGUCCUGUGACCACAGCUCCUCCACCUGCAGCCAGUCCACCUAAAACACCUCUUCCAAGUCCUGCCUCAACUAGCAAGCCUGCAACACCCAAAGCAGAAGUUCCCAAGAUUGACACUCUGACAGCCGAACCCCCUCAGACUGAACCCGCUAAAAAAGAAACCUCCAAAACUGAACCCAGCACACCUGAACCUGCCAAAACUGAAGUCUCACAAACUGUGCCUCCUCGUACUGAAACCCGUAAGUCUACAAGGCUAAGUAAGGCUCAGAUACCCAAAGCAACACCUACUCCAGGGCCCGCCCCAAAAGUGACCAGAUCAGCAGCCAAGAGGACCCUCCCGGCAGUGCCCCCUCCCAUGCCCAACGGACUCAAUGCUCAGAAACCAAAGCCUGUCGAGUACAAGCCAUACAGACCGAGGCCCAAGUAUUCCUUUGAUGACUUUGAACUAGAUGAUGACCCAUUACCAGUAGCUCCAACAAAGCCAGGCCUUCAGUCAAGGCCCACACAGCCAACACGACCUAAUGUCCAGUCAAACCCCACAGCUCAAUCUAAGCCUACAGUUCAGUCAAAACUCCCAAUUUCAUCACAAAUGGCGAACCAGGGCAAACCCAAAGCUCAGACCGCACCUGGUGGACAGAUCUCAGGUCAGUCAAAGCCCACUGUUGCAACAACACCCCAGUCAAAGGCCGCAGUGACUGGCACAGCUUCUCCAAAAGCUCUUCCUUCUGCUCAAGCUCAGUCAAAGUCUCCCGUUUUGACCACACCUCAGUCAAAAGCUGUUUCAGCUCCUGGUCAGUCCAAGCCUGCAGCGUGUGCUUCUCCUCAGUUAAAGCCUACUGGUAGUGGAAGUACAGCUCAGCUCAAGCAGUCGGCUUCAAAAGCAUCUCAGCCAGCCGGUUCAACCACAUCUGAGACAAAGCCUGCUGCACCCAUUGCUGAAGUCAGUUCAGUGUCUCAGAAAACCCACCAAAAUCCACCGUCAUCAGAAGAUAGCAAGUGCAGGGUUACAGCUGACCCACUUUCAUCAGCUCCCACCACCUCCCUUCCCUCUGAAGAGAGCUCGACAGUGUCUGAUGGCACACAGCCUUGUGAACAAAAGCCUGCACCCACUUGUGUCGAUCCCUCUUCAGAGAAUAAGACAGAAACCAAUAAGGCAUCCGAGAAGACAUCAGAAAAAACUUGUCAAGACACUGCAGAAAAGUCACAAGAUGGCGGGACUCCUCUCUCUGAUGCUUGUCUGCAAAAAGAGGUCAAGAAACUAAAGGAGGCUGACAAAGAUGGCACCCAAACCAUUAUUGAUGCAGGACAGAAGCAUUUUGGUGCUGUGGCCUGCAGCGUGUGUGGGAUGCUCUACUCCGCUGCCAAUCCUGAAGAUGAAUCUCAACAUUUACUCUUCCACAACCAGUUCAUCAGCGCUGUCAAAUAUGUGGGAUGGAAAAAAGAGAGGAUUCUGGGAGAGUAUCCUGAUGGCAAGAUCAUACUUGUGCUGCCAGAUGACCCCAAAUAUGCUCUGAAGAAGGUUGAGGAGAUCAGAGAGAUGGUGGACAAUGACCUCGGCUUCCAGCAGGUGGAGACCAAGUGUCCCUCUCAGACCAAGACCUUCCUCUUCAUCUCCAAUGACAAGAAAGUGGGUGGAUGCCUUAUUGCAGAGCACAUACAAGAGGGGUACAGGGUGAUUGAGGAGCCCGUGCCGGAGGGUUCGGAGGGAGAGAAGGUGAUGUUUGAACGUCAGAGAGCUUGGUGCUGCUCCACGACGCCAGAGCCGGCCAUCUGUGGCAUCAGUCGCAUCUGGGUCGUCGGCAUGAUGAGACGCCAGGGCAUCGCCUCACGCUUGCUCGAGUGCCUCAGGAACAACUUUGUAUACGGUUCAUACCUGAGCAAAGAUGAGAUCGCCUUUUCCGACCCUACCCCCGAUGGAAAACUCUUUGCCACACAUUAUUUUGGCACUUCUCAGUUUUUGGUUUAUAACUUUGUGAGUGGAACACGCUCGUCCCGGCCCAAAACUGACGCAGUAUGAGGAUCUUCAGGAAGUGUAACAGUGGAUUUAACUUAGACGCUCGCUGACCAGCGGGAGGCAACAACACUAAACGGUGUCUGCAGUGUUCGCAUAACAAUUCAAAAAAACAAAAACUUUAAAUUACUCCUUGGAGAGGAUACACAUUGGUUUCAAUCUCAGGAUGAAAACAGCAAAAUGUUGUUAAAAAUUUUUAUUAAUUUACCCUUUAAACCCUCCCCGAAUAGUAUUUUGGAAAAAAAAAAGAGUAUUUUCUUUAUAAUUUUUUAAGUAAACAAUUGGUUUUGUUAGAAGAAUCGAGUUCACAUGCAUGACCUGACAGCAAUAGAAAACAAAGAGCAUUUCAUUGUUUUUCUUUUAGUCCCUGAGAAGCAUAAGGUCGACUGACUCCAUAAAAUAAAACGCUUAUUUUAGAGUUUUGUCCUCAUUCUGUUUUAAUGUUUUUGUUAAUAACAUGAUGAUUUUUUCAUGUUCAUCUUUUUGCGGUUGACAGCGAUGCGGUCAUCGUCUGAAGUUGCCUUUAAGCAACAUUGAUAAAGUGACAGCUGCACGACUUGUAGUGAUCGGUAAAGGUUGAAGUUCAGUCCCCUUGAUUUCACUGUCGUGUUUUGUGGUAACAUUUCAAACCAGGUGAUUUAAUCUGAUGGACUCAUUUCAUGAAUCUGGUUGAAGGGACGUGGGUUAGAAAUGUAGCUCGGGCAUUUAUUGUGUGCUCUAAUUUUCUUAGAUCACCUUGCCUGAAACGUUUAGUUUUCCAAGUCUGAGCCAUAUACUGUACACCAUUUAGCAGGGCAUUGUAGCCUAUACUGUAUGAGUGAUGUCUAUUAAUUUCACUAAGGCUGUCUAUUGCUUUGUUUGUGCCUGAAUGAAUAAUGUGUGACUUAAGAUGUUGAUUUCUUUUUUGUUUGUUUUUCUUAGCCAUACAUUAUGGCUUUUUAUUCAGUUAGUGUAGAGCAUCAUCUUCCUAUUCCUUAGUUACAACAAAUUAAAAUGUAUAUCCAACGAUCACGUAGAUUUAUGCAUACUAUAACAAUUUAUAAUGAAAGAUGAGCAAGGUCUUAAGGCUUAGGUGUUAACUGGUAUUUGAGUGAUGGUAAAUGUCAUCUGGGUUCAGCCUUGAUGAAUGCAAACAGGACUAUUUGUUCAGUGAUAAACACGAGGGUUGGAGCUGAAUCUCUGCCUCUCUCAACACAGAUUUACAGUAUCAUUGUAAUCCAUCCCUUAUUUUCUUCUUCCUUCUUGUUCAACAGUUGCUUUUAGAAAGAUGUGUCGUGUAAGAAAAAGAACUUUGAUUUAUACGAAGCUGUUAUGUAAAUAUUUAUUUAAAUAAUAAACAAUGUAAAACAAACAAACUACA